AUGAGCAGCAACAAAAAAUUGAGAACAAUUUUUAUCGUUUUUGUUGGGUUUUCGCAGGCAAACGUGUUGCUUAGAUGUGUGAUUUCUUCGCACGUGUAUCCAACAACUGAACACAGGCAGAAAAGGAUAUGGAAACCGUUGAUAAAUAGAAAUACAUAUUCAACCUUAUUAGUGAACACUGAGAAGCGGUUAAUGAAAAGAGAUUUAAUAUACCCAAAUAUCCUUGUGACUGUAAAGGGAUACGACGCAGCAGUGUUGGAUCACUUUUGCCAGUUUAUAAAAGGAGCAAGUCAUAUAUUUGACCUGGAUGUAACAAAAAAGUUUAAUUUACCAACAGAAAAAAUAAGUCAGACUAUUGCUAAUCCACCUGACAGUUACAAGAAACAUAAAACCACAUAUGAAUUCAAGAAACAUGGACGCAUGAUGCAGAUCAAAGAAAUCCCUGUAGAGAAAGCUGAUAUUUGGCUACAGUUUGUUCAAUCUAAUCUUCCUGAGGGAGUCAAUCUGCACAUUGAACUGAAAACAUGGCAAGAUUUUGUAUCCCCUCCUGACCCAAGAAUUGAAGAACAAAGAAAGCUUGCUAUAUUAAGGAAAAAAGGACUAUUUAAUCCUACUUCUGAUAAAACAAAGUGACAUUUUGUUUUUGUAGAUUUAAACCAUCAAUUUUGUCUGCAAUAGUUAUAAUUGUAUUUUUAACAUUCUUGGAAAGCCAGGAGCAAUCUUAUGUUGCUUGUUCCUCACUACCAGAAAUAACAUCCCUCUAAACAAAGUCUAUUAGACCUUGCUCUCAUUUCAAAUUUCGAAAUGGCAGCAGCUAUAUUAAUUAACAAAACAGACUCAACCAAUCAAAAACAAGAACAGAUUAACCCAUGAUGUAAUUGAUAAAAUAUCACUUAUGUGCUAGAAAUUUUAAUCACAAAGCUGCUCUCUACCUUAAUUAAGACAUGAAUUUACUCAAAUUACAUGAACUUUUAGAGUAAUUUUAUCAGGCAAAACAAUAUGUCAUGACAAGUAACCAACCUCAGCAGGUGUGUUAAASUUGUGGUCUAACAUACUUCAUGACUAGGGAUAUUAUUUUCUCCUGAUUCUAWUGRUUCGUUUAAAAAAAGCAUGAACCAAAAUGUGCAAUAUUAUAGUAAUUUAUUUAGUACUGGUUUUUUUCACACAUUUACAAAAAUAACACUGUCUCAUGAUMACAUGCAAAAGAUGAAACAAGAAAAAAUAAAAGAAGAAAAGCAAACAAGUCAAACACAAAUGUAUGGUUUAAUUAAAUACCUAUUUUAAGUGCUCAAAAGUGCUGAGUCACUAAAUAUGUAGUUCAAUGCCUUUUCAAGUGUGCCAAAUUAAGUAAUGUUACAAAUGAGUAUUGUCAAGUCAUUAAUUAUUGYUUAAGUGUGUGUGUUGGAUGAUUAGGUCAUAACACUGUUUUACAAAAAGUGUAAUCAUAGAAAAACUUGCAUGAAGUGCCAUGAAUAACUAUUGCACUUGUACAAUGCAUCUUCCAUUUGAACUAAAAAAAGGAGGGUUCCCAGUUGUCUUUCUAGUAGUUGAAAAAAUAACUACUGAAAGCUUUAGCCAUAAUAGAAAAAAACAUUAAAAUGAAAAUAUGUGAAGAUGAUUACUGGAAGAUUGUUAUCUGGUGAURAAUAGUUUAUCAUAAAAUGUUAGAUAAAUAAUCAAAGCUAUGAUGUGCCUAUCRGCACUCAACAAACUUAUAAAUGAUUAUUUGUCUAAUUGUUGAAAAUGAAGUAUUUAUGCCAUAUAUUAUCAUCAAUAUUUCAAUCCCUUUCUGGUAUAGUAAGGUGUAGAUCAAUAUUUUGUAUUUAAUAAAAAAUUAUGUGAUAUUAUGGACAUGGUCAAUUAAAAAAAACGAAACCCUUCAUAUACCAUUCCAGCUAAAAAAUUGUUUGAAUAUUUUUCAUUUUUGAAAGUUUUCUUUAACAUUCUGAUUAAAAAAMSAAAGUCUUGGAGGAGAAAAAUUGAGAUCAAUAAUAAUUGUUCAGAUAUUAUUAAWAUAUAUUUUAAAAUU